AUAUGUUUGACCGCAUUAUCACACCAUUGAGUGAUUGAGUGGUUGUCUGACAGACAAUGAGUGUCACCGCCCGACACGUGUCCACCAAAUGUCACCUCCAAGUGAUGGACAUCUUCGACGAGUUGACCGAAGAGAACCAUCGACUCUGCAAACAGCUAUCAUUAGCACACAAGUUGUGUCAACUGGUGGAUCAGUUCAGAGACAAUUUGAAUGAUUUCUACAAUUGCUGUGAAUGUGACACAAGUGUUGGUCCCAAGACUGUCUACCAUCACCUCCAGGAUCAGUAUAAACGUGUUUGUGAUGAGAUCGAAGCUGCCAUCGCGAGUGGUCACUCCGUUACCACCGAUGACUGCAAUCAGACACCUGUUAAUCCAAUUCAUGUCUUCGUUGAUAAUAUCCUAAAUGAAAGUCCGGACAAAAUGUUUAUUAAUCGUGUGCUUAAGACUGAAGUGUUGGACAACGACUCAGAUAUAGAUGUGGACAUCGAUGACAACGGAUCAGAUCGCUUAAGCACUGGAGACCAGGAUGACCGCAAUGAUAGCUCCAGAAUGGAUCAUAGAGUGGUUCUCAAGACUAGAGUGAAUUCGAGGAAUAAGCCGGGAAGACAAGUAAAAACACGUGAUUUGGAUGAGAAUCGGACCAAAUGUGAGGAAUGUCUUCGAGUGUUUGCAUCGAGUCAUCAGCUGUCGAAACAUAUCCGAAGAACCCAUAGAGAACUCUUCGACCGAAAGACAAAGAAAUUCAUUUGUAGUGACAGUGGAUGUGGUCUUCAAUUCAAGAAAUUCAGUCAAUUAGUGAUCCAUAAAAACAGACACUCCGGAGACAAGCAAUUCAAAUGUGCGGACACUUACGAGGGCUGCGAAUGGAGUUUCUUUACGGCUGGCGAACUCAGGAACCAUCAAAUCGCUUGCCAUUUACCGCAACAGCUGUUCCGUUGUGAUUGGAUUGGAUGUAAUGAGAGCUUCAAAAUCAAGACUGACUUAGAUUUGCAUAAAACAUAUAAACAC